AUGGUUCAAGAAGAUCGUAAACUUUUCAAGCCUCUCAAGGUUGGCGACAUUGAGCUCAAGCACCGCGUCGUCAUGGCGCCCUUGACGCGAAUGCGAGCCAAGGAGGGCCAUGUCCCAUGGGAGAAGGCAGUCGAUUACUACUCUCAGCGUGCUAGUGUUCCAGGUACACUUCUCGUUACGGAGGCCACCUUCAUCAGCGAGCAGGCAGGCGGUUACCCAACCUGUCCAGGCAUUUUCAAUGACGAACAAGUCAAGGUCUGGCGCAAAGUGACCGAUGCUGUGCACGAGAAGAAGUCCUUCAUCUACUGCCAACUUUGGGCUCUCGGUCGUACCGCUAGCAAGGAGGCACUCGCGGCGCUCGGUCACGAUCUCGUCUCUGCUUCAGAUAUCCCAAUGGAAAAGGGAGCACCAACGCCUCGACCACUGACGACGGAGGAAGUUGAGGCAUAUGUACAACAGUACGCUACAGCUGCCAAAAUCGCUAUGGAGGCUGGUUUCGACGGAGUGGAGCUUCACGCCGCCAAUGGUUAUCUUAUCGACCAGUUCACGCAAGAUAUAAGCAACAAGAGAACCGACAAGUAUGGUGGGUCCAUCGAGAACCGCUCCCGUUUCGCCAUUGAAGCGAUCGAAGCAAUUGUUGCUGCCAUCGGUGCUUCAAAGACGGGUAUCAGGCUCUCUCCUUGGUCUGGCUUCCAAGGCAUGCGCAUGGAAGAACGCACCAUCCCACAGUUCUCACACCUCAUCAAGAACCUGCCCCGGGAUCUGGCAUACAUUCACAUGAUUGAAUCUCGUGUGCAGGGCGGUGAUGACCAAGACGACAAUGAAGCCGAGUCGCUUGAAUUUGCCAAGGCACUCUGGAAGGGUCCCUUCCUGUUUGCAGGUGGUUUCAAACCUGAUAUUGCCAUCAAAACGGCUGAGCAAGAUGAUCGCUCAGUCAUUGUCUUUGGUCGCUACUUCAUCUCUAACCCAGACCUGGUCGCUAAGCUCAAGCUUGGUCGGGAGCUGACACGGUACAAUCGUGAUACUUUCUAUACCCCAGGCGAGGAAGGCUAUACAGACUAUGCUGUAGACGAGGAGCUUGUAAGUCAGGCUGCAUAG